AUGUCUUGCGAUAAAAAUGAUACUGAUGUGGAAUCAUCCAAUCGUGCUCAUAUUGUUGCAAUUGCAGUUCGAGAAGCUUGCUGCUUAGCAACAAGUACAAACAAACAAGAUUGGGAAAAGGCGCAUCAGAUGAUAAUUCAGAACAAACAUUUAAUUGAGGAUGAAAAAAAUGUGAUAAUUAAUCUUUUACGUCCUAGUGCU